AUGGCUCUCAACGCUAUCGUCCUCGGCAUAACAGGAAUUUCCUUAAUACCCUUGGGGCAGUACUUUUUUCCUAAACCGGUCGCACAAUCCGUCAUAGUCGCGAUCACAGCCGGUGCUCCACAACUGCGGGAAGAAGAUAAGAGCCUUGGAGGCCAUGUUCCCGGUAUCGCCUUUUUUGAUAGUAAUGGUCUGAGGAUAGGGUUCAAGCGUGGUAGCCGUUCCGACAAAAUACCCGCGAAACAAUCAAGAAAUGUCGUCGUCGAUCCCAUCGACAAAGACAACAACGCGGUUCCAGAGUACAUGUCCAUCGUGGGUUUCGGCAGCGAUGCAGUAUGCAUUUCAUACAUCACAGUAACACCACCAGGUGGAGCCAAAAAUUGGGUUCUAUUUGGUGACACCCCGAAACAGUGCGGAGCGCCCUGGUAUCAUUCCAAUCUCGGCGCUGGAAUCGGGGAGUUGUACAAACCAAGCUGCUUCUGGGUCGAUGGUCUUGACAGCAAUGGAAAAACCACUAAUGACAUUCCUCAAGGCUACGGUAUUCAUUUACCUGACUUUCCUUCUGUUGUGAAUAGUGGCCAGGCGGGUGAUUCGGCAAGGUCAGAAGCACGACAGGCACAAUACACUCAAUACCCCGAUACCAUGUGCAAGAGCACACCACGUUUUAAAAUCUACUCCAGGCUGGACAUACUUCACUGUCUACCAAUUUUCGACCCACCACUUCAAUACACCGCUGACUGGGCAGAUGUGGACUUUGCGAAGCUCAAAACAGAAGGCAAACCGCAAUGUGGCCCUACUCCUGGACAGACACCGACUGCAAAACAAAGUUUGCAGCUGUACAAGUCUAGAGUCGACCGUUUUGGAAUCCACCCGACAUAUGGUACAAAACGCUCGGUGCCAGAAACCAGCAAAGUUCGGCGUCCGCGGUCAUGCUUCGAAGGCCGUGUUAUCAUUAGCGAGGAUGUAAACCACAGUGCUGUCGAGCUUUGUCAAAGCGCAACGUCCAUGGGCCCAGAUCUUGCGAAUACCAAAGAGGGCAAAUUUUGCGAUAUGUGUACACGUGAAAUCCAUCCAUUAUGCUCAGAAAAGAUCACGAACGGCUGCUUUGACGUAGAUUCUAAGGCGCUGCGGAAAGGUAGCUAUGGUCUUCAGGCUCGGGAUGGGAUGCCUGGUGUUGUGCAUCAUGAGAAGACGUAUUCAGAUUUCUCGCAUUGGAAGUGA